GUCCAAAAACAUGGCUCUCCUGUGGAUUUUCUCUUGCCUCGCCUUCAUUGGCGCAACUUAUGGUUGUGGUGCCCCUUCAAUUCCACCUGUAAUCUCUGGAUAUGCCAGAAUUGUAAAUGGUGAGGAGGCCGUGCCCCACUCAUGGCCCUGGCAGGUGUCUCUACAGGACAGCACUGGUUUCCACUUCUGUGGUGGCUCCCUGGUCAAUGAGUUCUGGGUUGUGACUGCUGCUCACUGUAAUACUAAAACUUCUCACCGUGUGAUCCUGGGAGAGCACGAUCGUUCCUCUAAUGCUGAGAACAUCCAGGUCAUGAAAAUUGAAAAGGUCAUCAGGCACCCUAAUUACAAUUCAUACACCAUCAACAAUGACGUCACCGUGAUCAAGCUGGCCUCUCCUGCCCAGAUCAAUGCCCGCGUGUCCCCUGUGUGCAUGGCUGAGACCAGCGACAACUUUUCAGGUGGCAUGAAGUGUGUCACAACUGGCUGGGGUCUAACCAGAUAUAAUGCUAUAAACACCCCAGCUCGUCUGCAGCAGGCUGCUCUGCCUCUCCUGACUAACUCUGAUUGUCAGCGUCACUGGGGCAGUAACAUUACAGACCUGAUGAUCUGCGCAGGUGCCUCUGGCGCUUCCUCCUGCAUGGGUGACUCUGGUGGCCCUCUGGUGUGCCAGAAGUCUGGACAAUGGACCUUGGUUGGUAUUGUGUCCUGGGGCAGCAGUACCUGCAGCACUUCUAUGCCUGGAGUAUAUGCACGAGUCACUAUGCUUCGCUCAUGGAUCGAUCAGACCAUUGCUUCCAAAUAAAUUCUCAACUUUUAUCUCACUAAUAAAGAUAAUUAAAAAGCA